AUGGCACGCUUGUUCCACAGUUUCCAGGGAGACCCUGUUGUGACAUCCUCUCCCAAUGAAGUUCGUAUGUGGGUAGAAGAAUUGGAUUAUAGUUUUCUCUUAUAUGGAGAAAUUUUUGAAAGUGCAGAAAUCAAUGGUGAGAAGUUAUUAAACAUUACCAGGAAGCAACUUAAUGAACUUGGAAUAGUCCGCACUGACCAUCAGGAUAUACUGCUAAAAGCAGUUGCUCGUGUUCGUCAAAAGGGUAAAAUUGAAGAGCAAGCUAUGUCAAGAGAAGAUCAGAAUAUCAAAAAGAUGCCUACCAGAUUUGGAAAAGAAAGUGAACAACUUGAAUAUGCUAUUGAUCGUGUUCUUGUCACAAUAUCGGAAAGAAGAUUGGCACGUAGUCUAUAUGGCACUAGUGAACAGCCUCCCGAUAGCGUUAUUACAGCUACCCUUGAACUGGUUAACAUUGUCAACAUGAUAUUAAACAUUCUGGAAAGGCCACCAUUUGAUUGCAUGUCAGAAUUUUCCAGUGUGAAAAAUCAUCUCAUUAAACAUAUCACAUUACUGAAACAUUUCUCUGAACAGACUGAUCUUAGCCAUGAAAAUGAAUCUGAUAUAAUAGAUGUGUGCAAGGGUGUGAGUAAAAUGUGUCGCUACAUAAUUUCUCUUCCACCUGAUCUUCCAAAACCAGAAGUACAAGUUCCAGAAUCUAUUCAUCAUGAAGACAGACCACCCAGGGUGCAAGUGCCAAUUACCACUGAACCUGAAACAAUGAGUUCUACAGUGAAAUGUAAACCUGAUUAUAUUCCACUCACUCAACAACUAUCAGUGCCAGUAACUACAACUGUCCUACCAUAUGAACCUGCCAUACAAUAUACAUCCCUUCCGAAUCAAAGAGUAUCUGAGAGUUGUUCAUCUUCACAAAGAGUUGACACUCCAAGUGAUGAAGGAGCAGUUACAUCGGAACAUGAUGAAGAAAACAAAUCUAAAAUGGAAAUUCCUGAUAGAAAUGCAUCUGAAACUUUGGGGAGUUCUUUUUACUAUAAAACUUUUGAAGACCUAACAAUUAUUGAAAGUGAUACUCCUCUUAUGGACUCUGGUUCUGAAAGAUGUGCAAUUGAUUCUGACUCUGACCGAGGUGUUGUCUCAGAUUUUGAGUUAGAAGAACAAUCUAAGGGCUCUGGAUCAGUAAUAUGGGGAGUAGAUUCUGACUCAGAAAAGUCUCCUAGGGAUGCAGACUCUAGAAAACAACCAUUAAAAACAGAAAGUUAUCAAAUGGGUUCAGUCUCAGUUGAAGACUUGACCAAGACAGAACAACUGCUGGUGAGAAUUGAACAGGUGGAAUCUGAAUCUCUGAAAGACUGGGUGCUCUCAGGCUCAGAGAAAUCCCUGGAAGAUUCUGACUAUGAAAGAGACUCAGCCUCUAAUAAUGAAAGAAAGAAAGAAGAAAAACGUCAAAUGGCUUCAGAUUCCAUAAAACGUCUAAUGGAAUCUGAAAAAACAAUGAUGGACACUGAAAUUUUCUGGAUGAUACCUGAUUCUGAGAGUUAUGCAGUAGACUCAGGUACAGAAAAAGAUAGAGCAUCAACGUCUAAGGUACAUGUGAUACAGGUGGAAAAGCAAAGAUCUAAGAGAUAUCUGAUGGACUCUGACUCUGAAUCAAGUGAGAUGGACUCAGAUUUAGAAAGAGGUGUGUUAGCCUCAACAGCUAUGAAACAUUUCAUGGAAACAGAAACAUUUCAUAUGAGCACUGCUAAUAACAAACCCACAAAGGAUUCUUGGUCUGAAAGAACAGUGACCUCAAACUCUGAAAGCCCUGCGAUGUCCUCUGAUUCUGUGAAGCACAUAAAGAAAGCUGAAGCAUGCAAAAGUACCUGUAAUUUGGAAAGACUCAAGGUGACUCACAAGUCUGAGUCUCUACAGCAGUGGUUAGAUGCUAAAAUAGAACAGUUAGAUUCUGGUCAUAGUGGACACUGGGAUAGCUCUGGAAAGUAUCAUUUUCGGUCUAUAGUACCUCAAGAUAGCUUUGGAAAAUGUCAGGGUGACCUUCAAACAUUUCAGAGUAUCACUGAAAAAGAUCAAGUAGACUCCAGUUCUGAAAAACAUCAGAAAAAAGCUGGAAAUGAAAGAGAUAAAAAUGAACCUGAAAGUAAAAGACACCCCAUAAAGACAGAGAAAGGAUUUGACAAUGAGGGGUUUCAAAUGGAUAAGGAAAGAGAAGAACAUCUCAUGAAGUCUGACCAUCAUGAUUCAGAAAAUGAAGCACACCGACUUGGUGCUCGCAGAAAGGAUAAUCGUCCUCCAGGUUUUUGGAGGCCUCUUAGCCUGCCUACUAAGCUUGGUCAUGAAAAGAAAACUGAAGAGCAAAAGUCUGUACAGCAAAAAGAUAACAGAGUUUACAGAAGUCAGUUAACAAGAUACAAGAAUGAAGACAAAACUGUGAGAUUCAAAGAGGCAUCUUCAAGUCUCAGUGCCAUGCAGCUGUCACAGGGGAAAAGAAAGGGAAAACAUGGCUGUAGUUUUUCUCCAGACUCUCAUACAUUCACCGAUGAGAAGUAUCACAGAAAAGCCAGCCGGAAAAUAUCUGUAUAUAAGCGCCAUUGUAGGGAGUAUAGAUAUGCCCGUGGUUUUGAGAGUUUAAAGUAUCAAAUUACUCCUAUUCCUCUAAGUUCUGAGACUUGCGCCUCUAAUGUAUCAUCAGUUGUUGGCAGCCCAAAUUCUAAGAGUUCUAAGUCUGUCACAAGACAGAAGACUCGAAGAAGUAUUACAUCUUCUUUGGAUGUGGAAACUCAAAGAUGUGCCAGAUGUUUUAUGGAAAUCAGUAACUCUUCUUUUCAUAAAUGCUCCACAAAUUCUGAUGAUUCUGACUCUGACUCUCCUUUACAUAGCCAAAUUUCCUCAGAUUCUAAAUGUUCUUUGGGUUCUAAAACUGGUCGACACCUGAAGACUUCUCGAAAUAGCCCUUUAUCUCGAUCCCUGGAUCCUAAGCAUUGUGUGGGCAUCCCCUUCUCUCUGCACAGGGAAGAUUUUAAAUCUUUGGAUUCCACCUCUUAUUUACAUUGUGAAAGUUGUUCAGCUCUCCAAAAUCUUAAGAAAUCUGCCGCUACCCAAACCAUUCCUAUAAAAUCUGAAAAAAUCAUGGGCCAGCAUAGUACCUCUGGCCACAUAAUGUCAACGCCAAAAAGAUUAUCUGCAAGUGAAAGCAAAUUCAAUCUUACUGCCAAAACUCAAAAUAAGGAUAAUUCUGAUGGUAGCAUUAUUAAACUUAUCAGUGCUGGACAUAUCAAAGAUGUGGCUGAUGUUGAAAACAAACUUCUUUCCAAAGAUGAGACAGACCAUGAAGAUGAGACAAAUACUGAAGAGGAAACAGAUGUUGAAGAUGAAACAGACACUGAAGAUGAAGACAACCAAGAUAAGAAAGAUCCCAAAGAUAAAUCUGACCCCGAUGGCAGUGAUCCUAAAGAUGGAAACUCUGAAAAUAAUACUGAUAACAAUAGUGGGUCUGAUCCUAGUGGUGCUUCUGGGCCUACAAGUGGACCUGAUUCCAUCAAGGAUGAUGACUCUAAAAAUGGAAUUGAUCAUAACAACGAAUCUGACCCUGCCAUUGAUAAGGCCUCCAGCAUUGAUGCUAACUUGAAAUAUUAUACUGAUUUAGGCAAUGCUCCUGAUCUGGCAGAAGAUGUCAAUCAACACAAUAAUGCUGACUCCAAGGGUAGCACAACUCCAAACUCUGCCUCUGGAAACAAAAAUAGAACUGUGCUGGACUAUAUUUCUAGUUCCAACUAUGAUUCUGUUCCUAGAAAUGACACUGGACAAGGAAACAAUACUUACUCUGAGACUAUUAGACCAAUUUCCAACAGUUUUUACUUCAUCCAAAAUGAAACUGAUCCCAAGAACUACCCUAGCCCCCAAAACAGCCAUGGACUCCCAAAGGAUACUGAGUCUAACUAUAAUACCAAACCCAGUAAUGCUACUAGCCACAAUGUUGUACCUAACAAUAUUUCUGACUCUAACUAUGACACAGAAGCUUCUAGCACUGCUAAUCACAAACAUACAGCUGCCAUAAAAUAUUAUUCAGACCUUAAUGAUAUCACAGGGUUUACAUAUGAAGUAAGAUCAAGUUUUCUAGUCAGCCCAAACUAUUUUGGCAGAAAGAAAUAUGCUAAUAUAACCAGCUUUGCACUUAGCACUAUCAAUGCCAUUGAUACUAGCAACAUCAUCAGCUGUACUGCUGCUAUUAGCUCUCAGUUUACUGCUGGAAAAAACAAUGCCCCAGAAAAUAAACAUUUCCUUAGUCAUUUUAAUGGAUUCAACAUUAUCAUCAAAAAUAUUCAGAAUGAUCAUAAUUCUUCUAGUACCAGCAAUAUUAACAUUCUAACUGAUAAUGAAUUAAAAACCAGUUCUAUAUCAUCAUCUAUUCUUAAAAUUGUUUAUAGAAAUAUCUCACAUUUUAUUACUGGCACAAAUCAUACUUCUUAUCCUGAUUUUUUGAUAACUUCCGAAUUUUAUGAUCCAGUUGAAUUUGUUAAAGCUUAUAUAAUUUUUGAUAACCAAAAUAUUGGUGCUCAAUUCCAAAACACUGCUGGAUACAUGGACCCUGAUACUUCUAAGUAUGCCACUGGGUCAAUAGAUGCCGUUGAUUCCAAAGAAUCUGGCUUUUUAAAAGAUUUUUUUGGGGUCCAGAACCCAAUUGGCAUCAAGGAUCCUUCUCCUUUCAAGAUUCUUUCCAAUCUAAAUAUUCCACUCCACAGUUUUGAUGUUAUAGUUGAAGCUGAACUACCAGAUGUUAUGAAGUUUGCUAUAUCAUCAGGUGCUGUGAAUAAUUUAUUUAAGUUGCUGGACAACUACAGUAGUGCUUCAAGAGGUGAAGGGGAACGUUUGGCAGUACCUAUGAGAGAAGUUACUAGAAGAUCUUCUGAGGUACCAGUUUGGAGAUCAGCAAAGAGACCUGCUUGGGGACCUGAAGGAAGAAGACUUGCCAGAAGAGAUAGGGGUUAUGUUGAGAGUUCUGUUAGAGAUUCUUCAGUGAUGCCUGCUCAAGGACUUGGACUUGUAAUGAUUCCUCCAAGGGGCCGUUCCUUGAGCCCUAAAAAAGGAUACUCUGAGAGAUGUGAUAGAGAACAUGCUGAGAGUCUUACAAGAGGUUACACUACGAGACAAGCAAAGACAAGAACUACAAGAACUGUGAGUCCUUUCAGGAUGCAUGCUGUGGGUUCUGCACAGGAAAUUGUUCUGCAACCAACACGAAGACUUCCCAUGAGACAUGAAGAAGAAUUUCUUCUGGGAGCUGCAGUGGGACUUACUGUGAAACCAGCAGAAGUAUAUGAUGAAGAAAAUUCUAAAUCUGCCAGACAAUCUGCCCAGUCUACUUGUGAUGAUGAUCAAAAUGAAAAGAAAGAGGAAGAAGGGGGAGAGGAAGGGAGUGGGGGAGAACAAGAACUGUACCAAAUGGUUGAGGAAGAUAAUUCAUCCUUCACUUCCUUGAUUAGAGAUUUUAUAAAUUGUUUCAUGAAGGCAAAGGCCCAAACCUGGAUUGAUUUGUCUUGGUUUAGAAAGCUCUUGCCCACAUUUUUCUCUGAGGAAGACCGUCGUUCUUGGUCUAAAGCUCAAUUUUGUGCAAUAGCCUGUACGGAACUGGGUCACGGGAAAUGUGAAGGAUGGCUUUGGCAUAAGAGGCCGUCUAGAGGAAUCUCCUUUUUCAGUUGGAAAAAAUACUGGUUUAUUUUGAAGCACUCAACUCUCUACUGGUUCUCACAUCUGAAUGACACCAAGGCUGAUGGUUUCAUUUACCUACCAGAAUUCCGAAUUGACUUAGCUCCACACUGCAGAAGAGACCAUGCUUUCCAAGCCACCCAUGCAAGAAUCAAGGAUUUCUACUUUGCUGGCACAUGCUCGGAUGAGAUGAAUUAUUGGGUUUGUCAGAUGUUAGAGUUAGCAUUCGGUUCUUCAUUUGGAGAUGCUGCUGCUAAUACAGAAUACAGACAUGUGAGUGCUAUGAUUUAUGAAAAGUGUCUUAUGUCCUUGAAGAGAAACUUCCCUGUGAUCUGGUGUAACUACUGCCAAGAAGAAACUACAAUUGUUUCUGUGAAUCCAAACUUCCAAUACAGACGUCCUCAAAAUAUUUCUGAUGAAUUCAUUUAUUUCCGUCCUAUUAAUGCGGAAAUUCAGGAAAGGGCCAGAAAACAAAACGAACAGAAUCCAACUUUGGCCUCCCAGCAACCCAAUCGUGAAGGUAUCCAUCAGAGGGACUUGGGGCUUACAAGUCAGGUGGUAAAAGCUACCACCCCACCACUAACUGAGGAGUUAGAAAGCAUUGCCCUUGUAAGACCAAAAACUUCAGGUCUUCUUCGCAUAGAGAUAGUACCAAUUUUUCCAAGAUUCCUAGAACUUCAUCGCUUAGACGUUACAGAAAUUGUCAGUCCCAAGGAAAGGGGGAAAGGCACCGCAAUACUUGUUGCAGGUGUGCCUGGAAAGGAGGAGCUAGAUGAUACAGAAAUUCCAACUUUGCACUUCACUGGGUUUGUACACCUGGAGGUUUUACUAAAUAAAUGUUCACCAUCCUCAGAAUACAGUCGCCCAGGAACCCCAAGAAAUCUGUGGAUGGAAUCUCCAGAAAAUGCAGAGUCCCCAGGAAGUGAUGAUAUGGAAGUAGCAAGAAGCAUGUAUCCUUUUAGAGAAAGAUUCAUCUAUCGGCGUUCCUGGGCAGAGCUCUUAGAGGCACCCCUAAACAGUGAGGGGCUCCAUAUUCUCCAAACUAUUCCCAAGGAAGAAAACCGAAAUACGGGUUGCAGCAAACUAACAUCAGAAGAAGAGAAUCAAGUAACCAUCCAUACUAAGGAUCAACAUUUCCAAGCUUUGCAAGGCCCUUUCCCCUUGUUGCCAGAGCGUCCUAAGCUCCAGCGGCAGCGCAGUCAAAGCUUACCAAGAUACAGUGAAGCCAGAGGCCAAUAUUUAAAUGCACCUGAAUUCAAAUUAAAUGAAGAAGAAACUCACUUCUUCCCACUUGACCAUAAUUUAAUAACAGAAGAAAAUAUCAAGGAAAUAUACAACGUGGAGGGAGCCCGGCAAAGAGAAAUUUCAUCACAUUCUGAAGAACAUCUUCCCAUCAAGCCGAGAUUUGAAAAUUCUGCAAUUGGAGAAAACAUUGGAAUUCCUGAGGAUACUUCUGCAUGCUCCAGAGGCAAUGUUAGAAUCCCCAAGAAUGAUGUCAAUACUGUCCCCAUGGUUAAUGUUGGAAUGCCCUUAGAUAAUCUUCAAGUUCUUAGAGGCAAUGCUGGAGUUCCCAGGGGCAGUGCUUUUGGUGUUUACAUGGGUAAUAGUGCUAGAACCUCCAGAAGUAUGGUAUCUUCUCCACUCACUGAGCUCUCAAAGAUAGGUGAACACCAGUUAUAAAAAAUGAUACUUUACAAUGCUGUCCAUUGAAGAAACAAACCAAG